AUGUCGAAAAGAGAGAAGUCGAAUCUGUCAAAAGUACAGUAAGUUCACGCUCUCAUUUCGGUCGCCUGCUAUUCGAUUUCAACCUUCAGUACGGGACUAACGUCGACGACAAGACUUCAGAUUUCGUCGACGAAAAGUUCGCACGAGCGCACCGAAGACGACGUCGGCGACGAGAUGGACGUGUCGUUGGUGUGCGACGAGUGCGGCAAGCUCGUCGGCGGAAUGCACAAGCUCGAGCUGCUCGAUUGCGGACACUUUUACUGUGUGAUUUGUGCGCCGAAACAGCCGAAAGGUAUUUUUCGGACAUUUGCCUGUUGAAAUCGUCAGCGAAUGUUUUUUUUUUACAGAAAAGCACACGUCUUGCACGUUCUCAAUCAAGAAAACGACGGCGUUCGCGCGCGAGUCGUCGCCGCUUCAGAAGGCCGACCACGACGGAGAACUGUCGACGCAAGACCAGGAGGGCGCGAAGGACAAACUGCGGUCGAGUGUGCGGGCGACGAAACGAACGCCACACAAACCGAACAGCACACGAAAACGGAAGCGGAAAACGUCCGAGCAGUUGUGGUAUUUUCUCUAUCUCUCGCGGCCCGUCGUCGUCAGCAUGGCCUUCGAUGCUACUUACUGUCAGUUUCUAGAAAAAUAGAUUGGAACUUUUUCCCGUUUCCAGCCGAUCUUCUGUCUCGUCUUUACUUGGUCCUCAAUCUAGAGCGAUCCACCCAUGAGAUUCAUCUCAAAAUCCAGAAAUCGUCGAGCGAUGAGGCCGAUGGAGAGUUCUACACGCCUGGCGAAUCGGUAAAUUUUCCAAACAUUCCUUGAGACCAUUUUUUAAUUCAGGUGCCUCUGGAGGUGCAGAGUUCGAAAGUGCGACUCGUCGAACUCAAAAUCCCGCGUCAGAAGAUGUUAAUUCUGGAGGUGGAGGAGAAGAAAAGGAGAAUGAGCGCCGAGAAUCCGGAAAAAACGGCGGAGAAGAAGCGGGACAGUAAAGAGAAGGAGAAAAAGAAGUCGACGUUAGCGGAGACGGCGAGUCAGAGUCGAGCCGAAGAACCAAAGUCUUCAUGA